AUGCCCCUCAAUCCGAGCGCUCUCAGCCCCCUCGGCGACGUCGACCAGACCUCUGAAUUCCAGCCCUUUCCCUCCCGUCGCUCCGUCGUCCACAGCACCAAAGGAAUCGUCUCAUGUACGCAACCGCUCGCGGCACAAUGCGGUCUCGAGGUCCUACACAAGGGAGGCAACUGCGCAGACGCCGCGGUAGCAGUCGCCGCAGGCCUGAACAUGACGGAGCCGGGCAGCACGGGCAUAGGAGGAGACAUGUUCUGCCUGUUCUACAACGCCAAGACCAAAAAGGUGCACGCCCUCAAUGGAUCGGGUAGGUCGGGCAAGAACUGUACGUUGGAGACGGUGAGGAAGAGUCUGGGAUAUCAGGACGGGCAGUGGGGCAAGAUACCGAUGGAGAGCGUGCACGCAGUCUCGGUGCCAGGAGCUGCUGCUGGUUGGGUGGAUACCGUGAAGAAGUUUGGAAGCGGGAAGGUGAGCCUGGAGGAGAUUCUGGAUCCUGCUGCGAGGCUUGGAGAGGAGGGAUUUCCUGUCAGUGAACUGAUGGCUUCUUGGGUGGGUUGCAGGUCGAGCCAGAUCAUGCGGGUGCGCGAUGCUAAGAAGACAGCAGUGGCAACGAAGUGAGCCGUUGUUGCGAAGAGCUUCCCCAAAUGGAGCUGAGAUGCUGAAGAAGGACCCGAAUGCAAAAGACGGCUGCAGAGCACCGCGUCCAGGCGAGAUUAUGAAGAAUCCAACUCUAGCGAACACCUUGCGGCUUGUAGGAAAGCAUGGCAAAGAUGGCUUCUACGCAGGCUCCGUGGCAGAGGAGCUCAUAAAAGUGGUCAAAGACUUGGGCGGACACCUGGAGUUGGAAGAUUUGAAAAACCAUGCAGAGCUGGGGACGGAAGAGGUGGAUGCGAUCAGUCUCAAAUUCCGCGGUCAGGGCAUUGUCAAGUCUCACGGGAAACACAUGCAAGAUGGCAGUGAAGAAGGCGUCGAACUUUGGGAGCAUCCACCCAACGGCCAGGGCAUCGUGGCACUCAUGGCACUGGGUAUCAUCCAGGAGCUGGAGAAAGCUGGCAAGAUUCCGAAGUUUUCGAGGAAGGACCACAACUCUGCUGCAUACCUCCAUGCAGUCGUGGAAUCACUGCGGAUAGCCUUUGCAGACGCCAACUGGUGGGUGGCGGAUCCGAACGUUGCGAAAGUGCCCACACAGGAAUUAAUCAGUCCGUCGUACCUGGCUGAGCGAGCGAAGUUGUUCGAUUCAAGUAAAGCCAAUCCACCUCUUGACCACGGCUCGCCUGCACACAAUCACUCCGAUACGGUCUACUUCGCUUGCACUGACAGCGAAGGUAACGGCAUCUCAUUCAUCAACAGCAACUACGCAGGAUUUGGUACAGGAAUCAUACCCAAAGGAUGCGGUUUUACACUCCAGAAUCGUGCCGCGAAUUUCGUUCUACAACCAGAGAACCACCCAAAUAUCCUUGCACCAGGAAAGAGGCCUUAUCACACCAUCAUUCCAGCACUGACUACGAACAUUAGCGAUCAAAGCUUACAUAGUGUCUACGGUGUCAUGGGAGGCUUUAUGCAGCCCCAAGGACAUGUGCAGGUCCUUCUCAAUCAAGUCGUCUUCGGAAUGACUCCACAGGCUGCACUAGAUGCGCCGAGAGUAUGCAUUGGUGCCGGCAUGCCCGGCGAGGAUGGUCAGGUAUCCGAUAUGGUCGUGAAUCUGGAAGAGGGCAUAGGGGAAGAAGCCGUCGAGGGGAUGAGAAAACUCGGGCAUCAGGUUGAUGUUGUCACGGGUGCUGAUAGAGGGUUGUUUGGAAGAGGACAGAUUAUUCGAUGGCACGUAGACGCGGUGGAGAAUCGGGGUGUCUGGAGCGCUGGGAGUGAUCCGAGAGGGGAUGGACAUGCUGUACCUUUCUAG